GACUCACCCCGGCCAGGGAUUCACGAGAGGCGCGCAAGCGACAGCGGGGUGCAGCUUGCUCAGGCUGCCUAGAAACCAACGGAAGAGCAGUGGCCUCCAUCAUCCAUGGUUUCGAAGCAUCCGAAGAGACAGGACACGUCCAUGGCUAGGGCAGACGUUGGUCAUGAAGACAGAAGAUGGUAAUUUCGGAGGGCUCAGACGGUGGGGGAGAAGCACAUUGAAUGACAGCGGAAGUUUGAGGUUUGUGAGACAAAAGACAAGAAAGCAACAAUCCUGUCACCUUGAGUGGUUUACCGGCCUCUGGUUUUGAGUGCCACACUAAGUUGCACUUUGAUCAGGGCAGCAUAGGGAGGAAUCUGCACUCCGGGGUCGCAAUGCUGUGUUGAUCCCUCCCUCUGCCUUCGUGGUACGCUGCUCAGGGUCCCCUGGAGAUGGAUUCUGAUGAGGAGGUCAUCGUUGAUCUCUUCCGCAUCGGGCCGGACACCCUGUAUGGCCGGGCGGUUGCUGUGCAAGCUCUUUCCUGGGAGGCUGCUCGUACGGUCUGCAAAAAGGUGCUCUUAGUCCUCAAGUUCAGGAUUCGGUACGGGCUGCGGAAGGGAUUGAAGGCGCUGUCCAUUCUGUGGAAAGUGCUGAAGGACUGGCUGAAUCCAAGGAAUCCAAAUGUGCUGCUUGGGGGCAUGAUCCUAGUCGGCUAUCUCUUGAGGCGGCACCGUCUUCACAGUAUUAACGCCAAGGUCUUGGAAGUGAAGAGGACAUUCUACAAGAACAUGAUUGCCUCAGCUGCAACGUACGAAGAGUGGGCCCAUGCUGCCAAGCAGCUGGAGCAGUACAUUGGACGGCGGAGAGACGCAGACUUGUACGACGUUGAGCUAGUCCAAGCCCGCUUCCACGAGCUCCGCAAGCGCCGCCAGGAGGGCUGCGUCGAGGACAUGAUGUUUGCCCUGCGCACCGACCUGAUCCGCAACCUGGGGAACAUGUGCAACCCCGAGCUGCACAAGAACCGCCUGCACACACCCCCCCUCAUCUCAGAGUACCUGGGGGAGGUGUGCGAGCACCUGCGCAUCAUCAAGGACGCCCCAGAGCAGGCAGACUUUGGCCUGGACGACAAGCUCUCCUUCUUCCACGAGGUUCGGCACGCUUUUGGCCGGACCGCUCUUCUUCUCAGCGGGGGGGCCGCCCUCGGGGCGUUCCAUCUGGGGGUGGUCAAGACCCUGAUCGAGCACGGGCUACUCCCUCGCGUGGUAGCCGGCUCGAGCGUCGGGUCCAUCAUCUGCUCCUUCACUGCGACCCGGCCCUGGGUCCAGCUGCAGGCAUUCUUCCAGGGCCCGCUGCCGAAGAUGCACUUCUUUGACGAGAUGGGGAACGUGAUCAUGACGGCGCACCGGCUGCUCACGCGGGGGGCGAUGCAGGAGAUCGGACCCCUGCAGCGCAAGAUGCGGGAGCUGAUCGGUGACAUGACCUUCCAGGAGGCGUAUGACAUCUCAGGCCGGGUGCUGUGCAUCACCGUGUGCUCGUCUCGCCCGAAGGAGCCUCCCCGGCUGCUGAACUACCUCUCGUCUCCCAACGUCGUCAUCUGGAGCGCAGUGACCGCCUCGUGUGCCUUCCCAGGCCUCUUCUCGCCGCAGGAGCUGAUGGCCAAGGACCGCUUUGGUCGUCUCGUCCCUUACCACCCUCCCACCGAGCUCGGCCCUGACAAGAACGGCGGCAUCGGCGCUCGGCACUGGCGAGACGGCAGCCUCGAAACAGACCUUCCAAUCGGGCCUCUGAAGGAGCUGUUCAACGUCAACCACUUCAUCGUCAGCCAGGCCAACCCGCACAUCGCGCCCCUCUUGAGAUUGAAAGAGACAGUGCGGCAGUACGGGGGGCAGUUGGCGUCAAAGGGCAUGCAUCUGCUCGAGAUGGAGAUCAAGCACCGGUGUAACCAGGCACUGGAGAUGGGCUUCGGCUUCUACGGUUUGGCCAAGCUCUUCGCACAGGACUGGGAGGGGGACGUCACCAUAGUCAUGAAUGCGUCCCUGGCUCAGUACAUCGGCCUCAUCCGCAACCCCACCUCCACGGAGCUGAAGCGUGGCAUGUCCCAGGGCGUGCGUGCCACGUGGGCCAAGCUUUCCGCGAUCACUGCCAACAGCGCCAUCGAGCUAGAGCUGGACAAGGUGGUCGCCGACCUGGCCUGGAGAAAGCACGAGGCCAGAAAGCGCGCGCGCGAAGAAGCCCAGUUUUGGCGCCAGGCUGAGGCGUCCACGGACGGCAGCGGCCUCCGCGGAACCGGCCUCGGCCUCGGCCGCGGGCGCAUCCCGUCCUGGAACACGCUCCCCCGGGACUUCUCCUCCGAGUCGCUGACCGAGGACGACAUCGCGGAGAUGACGCGCGCGGGGCUGUCCGCGUGGGGCGCCCUCCGGCGGCCGAAGCGCAAGCCGGGGGAAGGGCAUAGCAGCGACAGCGAGGCGGAGAACGAGAUGACGCAGAUCUCGUGGACCAAAGCCGGGGGCCCGCUCUUCCGCAGCAGCUCGCACCAGGUGUUGCCCGACCACGGGGACGAGUCUGCAGCGCCCGCGACGACGCCGGAGAAGCUGCUGGCGGACGAAAUGGGGUCGAUCCGGGGGCCCCGGAGGCGCGACGGGCCCCCGCUGCAGAUCGGGUGGCACCCGAUCGCUGAGCAGGGCUCGGGGCGGCACUUGGUGCACGAACCGGGGCUGGGGCGGGUGGAAAGCCUGUCGGGGGUGUCUGUCGGCCACGAGCUGCCGAACAGCUACCGGAACCUGGGCCGGUGGGGCCACCGAAGCUCGCACGACGUCCGGUUUGUGCUGCCGCACACGGUGGAGGCGGGGGAGACCGCUGGGGAAGAAAAUUCGCGCUUCGAGGAUCGGGAGGAGGCGUCGGGGCGGAAAGAAGGGGAGAACGGGUUGACGCGGCACAUUUCGUUGGGGGCGGGGCAGGCCCCCCGGCUGAACGGCCUUUCGGACGGGGCGGUGAUGUCAAGAGCCGCAAACGGAUUUGGCCAUUCGAGCGGAGGUUUAGGAGGGGGGCACAAGGGGCUCCGGCCAGGGGGGGGAAAAGAGGACGGCAGGCCACGUGUCGUACGGAUGGUGGACCGGUUGCACCGGACGGCGCCUGCUGAGCUGGACAGUGGCAGCCUGCCCGGGCGCAAGCUUCGAAGCAAGGGGUUUCUGAGGUCCGCCUCCGAGAGGUUGCGUGCGCAAGGAAGCAAUGGGGUCGGAGAGCGUGGGAACGGCUGGUCGAGGUUGUCCGAGGGGAGUGCCCCAGCCGAGAGCGGCCAUGCGACGUCUGAGAAGGGGAGAGAGGUCGUGAAGAUCGAGAGGGAGACAGCCGAAGAAUGCGCUCUGCAGGGGGAUGAAGCCCUGAGUCGAGAAGCACAUGGGUCCGCAACGACUGCCGGCCCAAGCCACGUGGCUGACCUUCCAAACGGACACGUGGCAGACGAGGAGAGAGAGCGGGAGAGGGAGGCUGCGGAGCUCGAUGAAGUGGGGCAACUGGUAGAAAGCUUCCGGGGACGACCGAGCAGUCGGGGAUUACGCGAACACGAGCAGGGAGCGGAUGCGCUGAAUAGUGGGGUGGGAAACGGGGAUGCAGACGGGAGUCAGUUUGGAAGCGAGGCUUUGGGAGAUGGGGGUCUGGAAGGAACGGAGGACGCUUCUCCAAAGCUGCCAGAAAGCAUGGGGCGACGCGUCUCGAGCACUGGGCAGCCGAUCGGCGACAUUCCCCUGGGGCAAGGAAUCCAGAAGCUGGCCAAAUCGGAUAGGAUCACCGUUGAAGCGUUGGAGAAAGCGACUGAAGAGCUGUCGGGUACGGGGGUGGUGUGUGCGGAGGAAUGUUUGCGACAAUUGCUGGAGUCAAAGAUAGGAGCCCAUGAAAGAGCUAGGGCAGAGCACGAAGUGGGGGACUCAGGAAAGGGACAGGCAAUGGCAAGUGCGGGCCGUCCCAGGCGGAAGAAGUCCCUGGAAGCUUUCGGUUCGUUUGUUGCGAAGGGUGAGCUUCCGGUUCCUUAGUGGCGAAGACCGCUUGAAUCUUUUUGUACCAUGAAACUGCAGAAAAGCUCGUGCGUAAUAAUGGCUAAGCGAUUACAGGAUGCUGAACUAGCGUAUGUAGAUUAUGCAAACCGAUUACAUGUACAGUGUUAGCUUGCAAAUACGGCCGUCAAAGCAAUCAGUGAAAUGCUACAGCGAACUUCAACUGGACGAAUCUGCAAGCUUGUAGGUAAUUCUUUCUUCAGCUGAACGGCACUAUUAGACGCGGAAGCUUGAAGCUAGCUACUAUAAAAGUUGAGGCCCGAGUUCAACGCCGAGAGUAUCCAAGAAAGCAGGUCGUUGGAUAUUGACAAUCAAGCCUGGAUGAUUUACUUGUAACGGACGCGGAGUUCAUUGCGUUUCAGGGAUCUAGUAAUAGCCAGGUAAAGAGGCUUAUUCAGCCGACCUCUUUAAACUUUUAGCAACUCGGACUGAGCACGUACUCGAUUGAACUACAAGGGCCGUCCAGGGUGGUUUACAGGCGCUCAGUUCAGUCUGCCCCUCUGUUCACCUCAUCUUAAGGUUGCCAG